UCUCGCUUCUUCCCAUUGCGCAUGUGCUCUCGCCUUAGAGACUGAACGCCUCUCUCGAAAGACAUCGUGCGCAUGCGCAAACUCCCAACCGCUUUCCUAUCGAAGGACCCCACUUUUGCAUAGCCUUGUUGCCUUUUUCGAGGUGCCCGUCGUGUUCGCCUGACGGUUUCGCCACGUCGCCAUAGCAACCCUAGCUAGAUGGAGAAAACCUCAAAGAAAAGCGGGAAGCUCCCCAAGUCCCAAAAAUCCCAUAAUGUUAAAGAAGAUGGAAGAAAUCGCCGGAUUUUAUAUCGCGUUGAUUAUAACUGGAAUCGAGGAGGGCGAUUAAAAGAACUGCGCAUCAGGCAUUUAGCCAGGAAAUUCCUUUAUUGCUGGGCCAAGAAGACCUUUGGGAGAAUCCUGCCGUCCAAAGCCAGACGCCAUUCCGAGCUCAAGGAAAUGAAGAAAGCCUUUGAAACAUGGAAGGAAAAAUGGUGGGCGGAUUGCCAUGAAUGGAAAUUAACUAUUAGGGCUGAAUGCCAUUAUCGCUAUUUCCUUUCUAAUGCCGUCUUCCGAACCUGGAAAUUGUAUCUAUUACAUCAAAAAGAGAAAAAUAGUCGAUUAUCUCUUGCAAAGACUCACGCUAAUAAAUUAAGGAGGCACCAGAUAUGGAGACAAUGGAGAAAAUACAUAGAAAUUCAACAUAUAAAGCAUUGGAUGCGAUUGGAUGCCGUUGCCUUCAGGGAAGGAAGCCUCCUUCGCAUUUCCUGGAGUUUAUGGAAGAAACAACAAAUAGAAAACAAAAUGGCUGGCGUGGCUUUGCGCCAUUGGGCCCAGCAGCUGAAAUCCCGCUUCUGGCUCCAAUGGAAGGCAGCGAAGGCCAAGGAAAAGAUGGCAGCCUCUGAGCGCAAAUCCCGCCUGUUCCUGCUCAGUCAGGAAGUGGAUCAUUUGGCAGGAAGAGCCUGUUUGAGGAGAGGUUUCCUUCAGUGGAAGCUCUGUACGGAAGCAGCCUUGCAUUUCAAGAUGGCGGAUCAUCACUAUCGACUCCAUUUGCUAUCUCGUGGCUUUUGCUCCUUUCGUAAGAAUGUCGCAGAAACAGCCUCCAAGCAAAUAAGGAAUAACUUGGCUCAACAACAGCGUCGCAUGGCGUUAUUCCGCCGUUUCUGGGAUAGAUGGCGCUCUCACUUGGAAGAGAAGGAAGAACAAAAGGGAAGGCCACAGAUGCUGAUGGCCGUCAUUCAAUUCAGGGAGACGUGGACUGGCCGCUUCUUUUAUCAAUGGCGGCUGAGAACGGAAAGGCAGCGGAAGGACAAAAUGGCGAGGAAACUGGCGUGUUCCCAUUGGAGGCUGGUGGUGUUGCGUGGAUGCUGGGUGCACUGGGGCAGGCAGGCCACUUUGUGUAGGGAAGCCAAGGUCCACCUGGCGAUGGCCGAAGGGUGUGACCGUUCACGCAUCCUGGUCUCCUGCCUCCGCCAAUGGAAGCAGCGCCUCUGCAAAGCCCAAGAAAGGGGAAGGCAAGCGACCCAAGCACAGGGCGUUCACUCCCGGAAACUACUCUCCAAGGCCUGGCAGGCCUGGAUCCAGGUCAGGAAGAGGCAGGAAAGGAUGGAAGGAAAGGGGGAAACAACAAGAGUAAACAAACAAACACAUAAUUCAAAAUUGCAGGAAAGGGACAACGUGGCUGCCGCCCGGAGGCACUACCAAAGGAACACCCUCCAAACGGCCUUUGCUGCGUGGAAGGUUUACCAGGAGAAGGCCCAACUGAUCUUGUUGCAGGUGGUUGAGAAGGAGGAGGAGCACCACCGCCAGGCCCUACGGCACUCCUUGAGUGUUUGGAGGGCAAAUGUGAGAGAAAUGAAAGAGACAGUGCAGAAGGAGAAGCGAGCCCAGCAGCACUGCCAGCAAAGCACCCUACGCAAGGUGACUCUCCUCUGGAGGCAGGCGGCCAUUUUGGGUGUCUACAAACGGGAAGAGAAGGCUGAGGCCGUAGCGAAGGCCAGGAUGUGCUUGGACUCUGGGAAACUGCGUGUGGCCUUCCUCCAUUGGCAGUCCUUGGCUGCGGCCUCUCGGAGGGAGAAAGGCCUGGUUGCCACGGCAACUCAACACUGUGCCCAGCAACGGCUGCGCAAGGCCUUCCUUGCCUGGAAGUGGUAUCACCACCAUUGCCUCAGGAAGCAGCUCCUGCGGAACCGAGCGGAGGGGAGCCGGGCCCGGAACCUCCUCUCAGCCUCUGUCACAGCCUGGAAGCAGCAGUGGGCCCUCCGGCGACAGGAAGCGCUCCAGACAGCACAGGCCCUCUGGCUGUGGUCCCGCUCCCUGCGGGGGAAGGCCUUGCGGGCCUGGGCCCUGUGGGCAAAGGAGCGCCAGCGAAAAGCUGCCCGCCUCCAGGUGGCCGCCCAAGCCCACCGGAGCCUCCUGAUCCAAGAUGGCGCCCUCCGCCUCCUGCGCUGCGCCUCCCGGUUGAAGGAAGCGCGGGCCAGGUCACAGGCGGAGAAAGAAGCGGAGACUGCCAUCUUUCGUCACCAGGCGGUCGCGCGUUGCUUCUCUCUGUGGAAGCGGAAGGCUCUUCUCCAUCGCCAUGGCAACGUCCCUCCCAAGAAAAGGGUCACUUUUGGAGAGGAACAAGAACAAGAUGGCAGUGGAGGAGCGUUGCCAGCCAUUUUGGGGAGGUGGGCGAGGCCUCAAAGGUCACAUGACGAGGACCAGCUGAUGGCCGAGUUGGGAGCCAUCGAGCAGCAGAUGCGGCGACACCAUGAAUCCCAGCAGCAGCUCCAGUCUUUCCGGCGGAGGCUUCGACUCCUGCAGAAAUGGCAGGAAGUGCGGGCGGAAGGCGAGGAAGAAGGGGGCAGAGAGUCACAGGAAGUGGAAGGCGCUGUCAAUCGGCUCACCCUCCAGGCCCGUUCCCUUGAAGCCCACUUGGCAGCAGAGAAGGGCAAGAUGGCCACCUGCAUCUCCCGCCUCCAGGAAAUCAGGAAGGCCCUCGACACCUUGGACAGGAAGUGACUAUAGAGUUGCCUUGGAGGAGCCAGGAUGUGCCUCGAAAGGUCGAUACAUUCCUUUGUCAAACCACGAGACCAAGAGAUGAAUGCACAGAUAUAGAUAUAUAUUUAAGGCUCAGGAGAAACAUCAUUAUGAAACAAAUAAAGAUUAAACGUUUGGAAUGUGUUACAGAAAAA